CUUUUGUUCAUUUUAUGCAGCGAAAAAUCUACUCAACUGUUCAAUUGCGUAUGGGAGUGGAUCCUUCAACGGGUCCCCGAAGCAUGACCACGCUUGACACAUAUUAUUUGCGAUUGUGAUGAGGCGCUAUGAAGUUCGAUCGCUGUUUCAUUGCCUACAGUCAACAGAAGAAGUUCAUGGGUGCAAACAGCCAGGGAAAGUAUCCGUUGAUGGAGCAGAAUCUAAAAAUAUUUUCUUUUUCGUUAAACCUCCUAUUUAUUAUUAAUUUUUUCUUUUCAGGCUGUAACUCGUAAGUGGCGAUCCCUGGGCCUUCCGCUCCGCACCCAAUCAGAAUCGAUAAUGUUAAAUUUGUCUUGGGCAAUUCCAUUUGUGCCGAUUGAAAGAAUUAAUAAUGCGGUGAGCAUUAUCUCAGAUAUACUUGUAGCCCAUACUCAAGAUAAUCCCAACUACGAAAGAUUUCGGAUAUUUUUGACUCAAUGCUUGGUUCCACAAGCGAGCAGCGUAUCAAUUAGGACAGCUCCGUGGCAGGCACAAAAUUUGGCGGAAGAUGUGAAUGAAGACUUGCUAAGCCAUUUCACAGUACUCCAUCCAUCAGUGUACGAUUUCACCAAAAAAUUAUCAUCGUACAUUCAGAAAUGUGUCAAUAAUUGGAGCCGGAAUCGACGAAGAGCUCAUCCCAAUGAUAAUUUAUGCCUGACUGCGAGAGUGCUGUGCGAUCGGUUCUUGGGGGGACGAUGCACAUUGUUGAACUAUUUAACAAUAGUGGGGCGCAGUCGGGCUGAGUUGCGGAAUAGACUAGAUGUCUCUGUAGACAGACAGCAAUAUUUAUAUGAUGACCUCAGUGGAUCAGUCCGGGUAGAUCUCCUUCAUGAUUAUCGUCGUCAAGAAAAUGAGCUACUGAUACCAGCUGAAGAAAAUAUGCAGGAAGAACCUAACGAACCAGAAAUAAUUGACCUUAAUGAGGAUGACGAUGAUGAACAGCAGCAACCAAUGGAAGAACAGGAGCAGGAACAAGAAAUAGAGAAAAAUCUUCAAGUUCCAGAGUUGGCAGAUGAUCUCAGGUUCUAUGAUAAUGAAAUUGAAUUGCUCGAUGAUCCAGUUAAAACUCCUUGGAUCAACGAAUCGACGCAAGCAAUGCAAUUCAAUGAUGUAGUUGCAGAUGAUGACAGUAUUCCAUGCUCAAUAUGCCAGACAAAUAUACCGAAGGUUACUUUCUGUCCGUGUGGCCACAAGUGUAUUUGUCUAGAAUAUGAAUAUAAACUAAAGGAACAAGCGAGAAGAGAAAAUGCUCAUAGGAACGAUUAUACAAUUUCUUGCAUUCUUUGCAGAAAACCCUGUACGGAAACAAUAAUAAUUCAUUAA